UGGCUUGUGUUUGAAAAUCUUCGCGCUGAGAACUUCCUCCUGCUCUCUGAAUAGCUUUCAUUGUAGUUUAAAUAUACGUAUUUGUGGAGUUCUGCUAUAUCGUGAUUUCACAUUCUGUUAAGUUGACGCCACUGCUCUGAAGCAUUACAAGACCGCCAACAGACAGGAUGGGGGGCCCAGAUGUGUGCAGCCACGUCAAGGUGGUUGUCCGUGUGCGACCCCCGAACGAACGGGAGCAGACGUCUGGCUUCAAGAGGGUGGUUCAGGUGGUGGACAGCCACAUGCUCAUCUUUGACCCCAAGGAGCAAGAGGUGACGUUUUUCCGUGGGCAGAAAAUAGCCAACAGAGACGUCCGCAAGAGAGCAAACAAGGACCUCAAGUUCGUGUUCGAUAACGUCUUCGGGGAGACCAGUGAACAGGUGGAAGUGUUCGAAAACACCACCAAAGGAGUCGUGGACGGUGUUCUCAAUGGGUACAACUGCACAGUGUUUGCGUACGGGGCGACGGGGGCGGGGAAGACCCACACCAUGCUGGGCUCCACGGACAACCCCGGCGUCACCUACCUCACCAUGAAGGAGCUUUGGAGCCGCAUGGAGCAGGUGAAGGACGAGAAGGUGUUCGAGCUGGCCUUCUCCUACCUGGAGGUGUAUAAUGAGCAGAUCCGGGAUCUCAUGGCUAACUCAGGACCGCUAGCCGUGCGAGAGGACAGCACCAAGGGAGUAGUGGUGCAGGGGCUCUCUGUGCAUCAGCCCAAAUCUGCGGAGCACAUUUUAGAAGCGCUGGAUUUCGGCAACAAAAAUAGAACCCAGCACCCUACAGAUAUGAACGCCACCUCCUCGCGGUCCCAUGCAGUCUUCCAGGUGUACUUGCGGCAGCAGGACAAGACGGCGAGCCUGAACCCCAACGUGCGCGUGGCCAAGAUGAGCCUGAUCGACCUGGCGGGCUCCGAGCGCGCCAGCGCCACCAACGCCAAGGGGGCGCGGCUCCGCGAGGGCGCCAACAUCAACCGCUCGCUGCUCGCGCUCGGCAACGUCAUCAACACCCUCGCCGACCCCAAGAGUAAGAAAACACACAUCCCAUACCGGGACAGCAAGCUGACUCGUCUGCUGAAGGACUCGCUCGGAGGGAACUGUCGCACCGUGAUGAUCGCCAACGUCAGCCCGUCCUCCACGUCCUUUGAGGACACACACAACACACUCAAAUAUGCCAACCGGGCCAAGGAGAUCAAAUCUUCACUGAAGAGUAAUGUGGUCAGCUUGGACAGCCACAUCAGCCAGUAUGCGGUGAUAUGUGAGAAACAGCGUACCGAGAUCCAACAACUAAAACAGAAACUUAUAGAGUAUGAAAGCAGAAAGCAGGAGGCUCCACAGACCAGUGGCAUCUCCGCACAGCGGAAGGAAGAACUGCUAAAGAUAUCCGACUCUUUGCGGUGUGUGUUUGCUAACCGCGUGAUGCUGCGCCGUGAGCAGCUGGACAUGGAGCGGCAGAUCAAAGACAGCGACCUGAGACAGCGCCACCGAGAGGACGUGCAGCAACAGAGCCUUCUGCUCUUCCCCGAGGACAAGGCCAAGAAGGUGACGUGCAGGUACGAGCGCAAGCUGGCGGCUCUGCAGGCCCAGCGGCAGCACCUGGAGCGGCGGCGGGAGGAGGCGGAACAGCGGUUCCUGGAGAACGACGGCUGGCUCCACCGCGUGGAGAACAACAUGAAGCUCCUGGGGCAGGACGGACACGUUCCCGAGGAGCUUCAGCAGGAGUUGCGUUGCCAGCGGCUACAGCUGCAGGUGGAGGAUCUGAAGGCUCAGUUGGGGCACACAAGCCAGCUGAUCGGCAUUCAAGACCAAGACAGCAAACACACACACAAGCUGGUGACCGCCCUACUGAACGCCUACAGGAAGCAGUACGAGGCCCUCCAGGAAGCGGGCAUCGCCAUGGAGACCUACUCGGCGGAGCGUGACGAGCUGGAGCACCUGGUGCAGAGGGAGAGGGGCGUCGUCUGGGCGGACCAGGAGGCGGAGGAGAGCGUGCUGGGGGAGGGGCAUCCGACAGACUCCGCCUCCACGUCAGCCACGUGCCUACAACCGCUGCUGGCCUUCUCCCGCCUCAUCUCACACCAGAACACGCCCUGCAGUGCAGAGAAACACCAGCGACGAGUGUCCACGCGCCUCAGAGCCUCAAUGACGGCCACUCAGCCAGCCCCAGUCCGGUCUCCUGCCCCUGCUGUUGCCCCCCCUGAAAAGCCUACCCCUGCUCCGGCGCAGGAGCCCGCCGCCAAGAAGCCGAUUCGCCGGAAGCUGGCCGUGUCGCCGCCAGAGGCCGCCCGGCAACCGGCCGCCUCCAUGGCGACGCUGUGCCCGCCCGACGUGCAGGAGGUCUGUCGCCAGGAGGGCAUGUUCCCGCUGCAGUACACGCCGGAGGUGAGCCAGCGGUCCGCCCAGAGCGACGCCGCCGCCAACGCCACCGUGACCUACGACCCCGACACCACGUUCGACAUCGGCACCGUCGGCGAGGACGCGAAGCCGGCCGACGGCACGGUGAUCCUCUGCGAGGUGUCGCCCGCUCACACACAGGCCCUGAAGCCAAUCAAUUUCAAGGAGCCUCUGAAAAGACUUGAGAUUCCCUCGCUGCUGGAUAUCCGCCGCAUGAAACCGUCCUAUAUGGCCAUGACCUCAGCAGCACAGGGCAAGCGCAAACUCUACGGCAGCAAAGACAUGGGUGUAGACGGCACUCACGGAAUGGCAGCUCCCAAACGCAUCAAGCAUGACCCCAGCGUGAACCCCAAACCUCUGCGUGUUCGGCGGGGAGGAGGUGAGUUGUCGUCGGAGAACGAGGUGCGUCGUCAGGUGGUGCGCAGCAUCUCCGAGGGCAACCUGCACAUGAUGGAGGGCGCCAAGUCCAAGACCAAGCCCAGCCUCCGCAGCCAGCUCUUCCGCCGCGUCACCAAGCGCCUCUGAGCCCACACACACACACACACACACACACACACACGUCUGUGUCCCUGGGGGGUAUUCCAAGUCUCCGGCUUAAUGGUUCUGGUAACUCUUGAGUUCGUAGUAAACCUCUUAAAAUGUAGAGACGUUAUUUUUAUUGAAAAAAAAAAAGAAAAAGAAUCAUCUUGAUGGCAUAACAAACACAGCUGAAAGCCACAGGCCUGUUUGUUUGAGAGUUUAGCGUAUUCCUUAUUUUCUCUAAACGGCGUGCCAGGAAUAUCCCCUCAGGUCCCACACACAGCAUCAGAACCACACUGCACCCCAAAACCUGCACC